GAGUGUGAAUACUGCAUGCAUGGUUGCCCUAGUAAUACUAACUGUAUUUUAUGCACCCUUCAUAUUCCUAUCCAGGUAUCCAAGUUACCAGCUAUCAAGUCUGAGAUCAAGUACAGCCCCAAGAUGAUACUGGUCAAGCUACAAGGCUCCUACAAUAUCGCACAGCUGGUCCUCCGCAUCUCAGACAUCAAGAGAACCAAAAUGGUGCGUACCGUCAACGUUUACUAUAGCAACAGGACUGUGGCGAAUGUCAUUGAACUAAAGAACAAGAGGAAGAUGUGGAUGACUGCACGCAGCUGUACCCUCACCGCUGGUCAGAGUGAAGUCAAGAUUGACUUCCCCUUGCCGAUAGUCGCUAGCAACCUGGUCAUUGAGUUCAGAGACUUCUACGACAACCUACAGGCUGGAUCCGAGUUGCUCCAGUGUCCCCGUUGCCAGGCAACAGUCUCCGCCCACCCCGGGGUGUGUGGUACGUGUGGAGAGAACGUGUAUCAGUGUCACAAGUGUCGUGCCAUCAACUAUGAUGAGAAAGAUCCGUUUCUGUGCAAUUCUUGCGGUUUUAGUAAGUACGCCAAAUUUGACGUGUACGUGGAACACAAGUCAAGCUCAGCAGUCGACCCCAUCGAGACGGAGGAGGACAGACAGAAGACGACCUCCAGCAUCAACAGCAUGCUAGAGACAGCCGAUAGUAUGUACAAGGUCUUAGUUCAGCACAGGAACGACUUGGACCAGCUACUGGGAUCUCUUGCAGGGGGAAUCAUCGUUUCCCCUGGAGCUAACCUCCCCACGGACACUGGUGCCAACAAGGGCAUCCUAUUGGUCGCUCAACGCUACUCAAACGAUUGCAAGACUACAUACACGGAACUGAGUAAGAUCAUCCGAGGUGUGUUAGCAUCACGUAGAGAGCUGGUGGGAUACGAUCAGAGGAUUGUUGAGUUUGGAACAGGCGUGAUCCCUGAGGAGGGUGGUCCAGAACAGAACAAUGGAACUAGCGGAUCGUUGUCCAUCCCGACCGUGAUCCGAGUUGACUCUGCCCACUCUACCCCCACCCCUAAAGGCCACGCCCCUCAUCAAGGAUGGUGCUUUGGCUGCUCGUCAGCAUCAAUUGAGCACUGUAUCAACCUCCUCAAAGCCCUAGCAUUUGUCGCCCCCACACGACGGUUGUUAGUCACACAGAACCUGAUUAGAGAGCUUGUGCGGGUGAACCUGAGGUCAGGUAGUCUGCAGAUGAGGAUACAUGUGAGACGCCUCCUCUGUCAGCUGACCAGAGAUGACCCGGUGGCCACUGCUGAGCUCAAUAGCUACAUACUGGACAGAGUGUUGGACCAGAUAGCGCCGAAACACAUCACGUCUAACUUGGUUGCCGCUGUUCGUCCUGAGAUCAUGUUGCUGGCAGCCUCACUGGACAUGGAGGACUCGUGCUGGGAGGAGAGACUCAGGACAGUUGUGCGUCUGUUUCAGAAGUCCCAACUCAACACCAGCCCAGCUGUUGUCACCGGGGUUACCCUGCCCUGUCUCAAGAUACUGCAGAAUGUUAUCUACCCACGAGAAGCAGUGAGCAGCAAAGACAAGAAAAAAUCGUUCCUGGCCGACUGCAAUGCACUUCAACUAGGUGAUGACAUCACUAUUAAGACGUCUGAUUGGCUGAAAGGAGACGCCACGUUUGACCAAUGGAAAGCAGGGAUGGACAAUUGUACAGAGCAAAGCAAUGAGGAGUUGCGACAACGAAGGCUUGUGGAGAAGUAUGCCCGAAUAUGGAGAUUGAAGACCAUCAAAGUGUCCCAUUCUCGCUCGCUGCUCAAACACGACACCUGGCUCCGCUCCAUGCUGUUCAACCGGUCGAGUCAGUCAGCUCGUCAAGCUUCCUGUCGCCUGGUGGAGUCCCUGUGUGUGGGCGAGGCUAGACACAGGCAGGUGCUCGACCUACUCUGCAGCUUCCUGGACCAGGUUAGUAAGGCUGGGGAGUCAGCACAGGAGUAUCUGGAGCUCCUACACACGCUCACGUCUGACCCCACCCACAAGUGGAAGUCGUACCUAGCCAUGAGGGGGGUGCUCCCACAGAUUGGUGAUCUGAUUGCGGCCGAGAUUGAGCACAUGACUGUUCUUGAAGACUCCACUAUGAGCUUCAACCUCUCCCAGGGUUACGCCCUGAAGAUGCUAACUGUGCUCCUCCAAUCGUUCCUAGAGGUGGAGAGCAUCAAGCGUAACUACAAGGGCAAGCUGGUCAGUGUCAUUCUCGCUGGCUACCUCUCUCUCAAGCGUCUGGUCAUUCAACGAACUAAGAGGAUCGACGAGAGUCAAGAACUCCUCCUCAAGAUGCUCGAGGAAUUGACGUCUGGUACUGACCAAGAGAGGCAAGAGUUCAUGUCCACUUGUGUGGAGACGCUCGAUAGGUUCAAGGACUCUGACCUUUUGACCCCUAUCUUCGUGUUUGAGCGCCUCUGCAAUAUCAUUCAUCCAGAGGAGAAUGACGUUGGAGAGUUCUUCCUGUCACUGGACAAGGACCCUCAACAAGAGGAGUUCCUACAGGGUCGUAUGCAAGGCAACCCCUACCCCUCCUCCACCACCGGCCUUGGGCCACUCAUGAGGGAUGUCAAGAACAAAAUUUGUACAGAUUGUGAGCUAGUGGCGCUGCUGGAAGACGACACUGGAAUGGAGUUACUGGUAGCUAACAAAAUCAUCUCUCUAGACCUGCCAGUGAAGGAUGUCUACAAGAAGAUUUGGUGCGCCCAACCAAACAAAAGUGAUCGUAUGCGUGUCGUGUACCGAAUGCGAGGUCUCCUAGGAGAUGCCACGGAGGAUAUGGUUGAGCAGCUGGACGUUGCUAAAGAUGAAAUCGACGAAGAGGAGGGGUACAAAAUGGCGGCCAUCUUGUCUAAGUGCGGAGGAUUGGACUCUGUACUUUCUCGACUGGCUAGGGUCGAUGAUUUCAUACAGGGUCAUAAUUUGAUCUCUGCUGCACUCAAGUUGCUAGGUUACUGUGUGAAGCUGAAGGAGAACAGACAAUAUCUCCUACAACCUCAUCUCAAUACUCUUAAUACAUUACUAGGGAUUCUAGAUCUGUCUCUUCACUACGAGGAGGCCAACAGCACUGGUAUAGGAGCAGCUGUGGCAGAGAAGACUCUCAAAGUGACCGAGCGGUUCCUCCAGGAGGCGAGUAGUGAGGCUCCUGUGUUGGUGAGGACACCCAGUCAUGACAGCACUGAUGGUGGGAGCAUAUCACCUGACGGAGAGGACAACAGACUGCAGGUGUUCCUCAAGCACAUUGAGAGCUCAUUCGUCCAAUCCAGUCCCUCGAUACGGGAAGGCCUCAUGCACGUUAUCCCAUUCCUGACAUUUGGUGAUCCACGUCACAUGAACGUGUUACUACAACAUUUUGAACCCUAUCUGAACUUUGAAAAAUUUGACUUGCACCAGUCGGCUGAGAACACCCUCUAUCUGGACUGCUUCUGUGUAGUAGCCGCUGGAAUUGGGAAAGACGCUAGCGGUGAGAAGCUGAAGGACUUGGCUAAGGAGACUGGGCUUACCCCGGCAGCUGUGGCCUACCUCAAGAGCAAAGUACCGAGCAAAAUUGGCUCCUUCGACACUCCUGAGUGGAAGUUGUGCAUCUCCCAGCCAUCACUACCGUACGUGCUUAAGAUGCUCGCCGGUCUCUGUCAUUGGCACACGAAGACACAGGAGAUACUCAAGGAGGUCAUCUCAGAACUCCACCUACUAGAGCAGGUGGCCUCUGACCAGCACAUCGGCACGCUCGCUGAGAACCUUCUAGAGGUCGUGGCAGAGCAUCCACCAUGUUAUGAAGAGAUUAAGAGAGUCCGUAAGGCAACUAGAGAGGAGAAGAAACGACGAGCAAUGGCCAUGAGACAGAAGGAGCUGGGUGCACUGGGUAUGGAGGUGAACGAGAAGGGUCAGGUGAUCGCACAGUCCACACUCGUGUCGGAGAUGGAGGGACAGCUGAUUGAAGAGUCAGGCCUAAAGUGCUGCAUUUGCCUCGAGGGCUAUAAGAAUCAACCGCAGAAGAUUCUCGGUAUCUACACGUACACGAGGAAAGUGGCGUUGGACGAGUUUGAGAACAAACCACGCAAGACUGUGGGCUACUCCACCGUGUCACACUUCAACGUGGUCCACUACGAAUGUCACUCUGCAGCUGUCAAACUUGCCCGGAGUCGAGACGAAUGGGAGAGUGCUACUCUACAGAACGCCAACACCAAGUGCAAUGCCUUGCUGCCAAUAUGGGGGCCCGAGAUUUCACAUACCAACUUCUCGAGUUCUGUUGCAAGGUUCCACAACUACCUACAAGAGUGUACUGGACUAUUUGACCCCUCCUUCCACACCCUCGCUCACGAUAUUCGACUGCUUCUGGUCCGGUUUGCCUACGAGAAGUCCUUCAGUGGAGAGAGUGGAGGGGGCGGUCCACAGAGCAACAUGCACCUGCUCCCCUACUACCUUCAUGUUGGAGCACACGUCAUGAACCUGAGUCACUGCUACCAGAGAGAGGAGAGGAACCUAGCAACCUUCCUGGCAGCUGCUCCUGACACCUGGGUCUCCUCCGCUUAUGAGUUGGACGGUCCCCAGUACCAGCUGGUGGUGUCACUGUUCAUCCAGUCGUUGAGUGAGUGGGAGGAGCAUCGGACCACCAUCCUCAAGAGACUGUUAGUGUUGGCCCAUGCCAGGAACAGUAGCUCCUCCCUCAUCAAGAGUCUCUCCUCGUCCUCCCCGGCAGAGUUCUCGGUGUACAAGCCGCUACUAAUGAUGUUCUCACUAGUGGACAGUCUACAUCGAGUCCUCAAGACCACACUGUCAGUGUCUGGUAGUGACCUGCCCACAGCUUUACUGGAGCACGUUCGGACCAAUGAUAGCACCGUGCUGGAAGCUAGCGACAAGCUGUUGACAGAGUUCCAAGAUCAGGUGCAAUUAUGUGAGUCCUUCCAAGAGUUCCUUGAUGUCAUGGGGUUGCUGGUUGCUAUUGACAACCCAGAUGUCUUCCUGGCGGAGUUGCUCUCCUUGGUCACAGUCACCACCGCUAGUGACAACUGAACCAGUACCAGUAGAAACUUAUUAUAAUUAUUAUGAUUAAACAUUUUUACAAGUGUUAUUAUACUCACAAGAUUAGUUGACAUUAGCGUUUUAUAUCCAACAUUUUAGCUGAACAUUCGUUAUUAUCAUUGUGUGAUCAUAAUUAUAGUUAUUAUUAGACAGUC